AUGGACGGUGGUGCUGACGCGUGGAGCGUGCCAGCUUGGGGAGCCAGCAGCGCCAACGCUGCUCCUCACGAUAACAGAAUACUUAACAGAAUAAUGCUCCGAUUUCGGCCGAUCGCACCCAAACCUGUCGCCGGAGGCUCCCUCCCUUCCUCCGGUGAAGCUCAAGGGAGCAACGGCAAGGCUCCACUCACCGGAAAAAGAGCGAAGAGGAAGUACGUUAGGGUUCGCAGAAACAGUGUUAGCGAGAGAAAGAACAACGAUAAAUCUCACGAGAAAUUAGGUGAAACAAGCGAAAACGUCGCGGUUGUUACCCUCCAGCUGAUGCCGGAGAAGGAGGAUCCAAAACAACACUCCCUCGCCGGAGAUUCGUGGUGUAAGAACGUUGAUCUCGACCUAACCGUGGAGAAUAUCCAGAUCCUCGAUAAUAACCUGGAGCCACCGCGCGUGGCGGCGAAUCUUGACUCGGUUAAGGUUCUAGAUCCACUUCCUCCGCCGUCGCUGGCGGCGGUCGAGUCCUGGGUGACGGUUGAGAGCGUGACAGGCACGUGCAUGGGGGAAGGCGAGGGAGCAAGAGGAAUAGGAAUAGGUUGUUGUACGGACGCUGAGAUGGUGAAGAGCUUAGAGGAUGACACGUGUCCAGCGUUCGUUUCGGACGGUUACUUCAGGGUUGGGUGGGUGAACGAGGCGUUCAAGAAGAUGGUGGCGAGUGAGGGAAACGGUUUGCCGUUGGUGUGGGUGAAGGUGAAGGAUAACGCUGCGUGGUGCUUUUGCUAUUCUUACCCGGCGUUCACCUGCGGGGUGAGACUGCAGUACACGUGGCGGAACGAGAAGUGCACGAAGAUGGUUCCGUGUGAUGUUUGGAGAUUGGAAAGUGGCGGCUUUGCAUGGAGGCUGGACGUGAAAGCUGCACUCAGCUUGGGUCUCUGA